UUAUCUGAAAUAGGAAGAAACUAUGCAGCUAAAGCUGCAGCUGCACCCAAAGGUGGUGCGCAAGGAAAGGUAGUAGCUGUCAUUGGUGCUGUUGUUGAUGUACAAUUCGACGAUGCUCUUCCACCUAUCCUUAAUGCUUUGGAGGUACAGAAUCGUACACCCAGGCUAGUACUUGAAGUUGCUCAGCAUCUUGGAGAAAAUACAGUACGCACUAUCGCUAUGGACGGUACGGAAGGUCUAGUACGUGGUCAGAACGUUUUAGAUUCUGGAUAUCCUAUUCGUAUUCCUGUAGGAGCCGAGACUUUGGGCCGCAUUAUCAAUGUCAUUGGUGAACCCAUUGACGAACGCGGACCCAUCCCCACAGAUAAGCUAGCCCCUAUUCAUGCAGAUGCUCCUGAAUUUGUAGACAUGUCCGUCGAACAAGAGAUUCUAGUCACGGGCAUCAAGGUCGUGGACUUGCUAGCUCCUUACGCCAAAGGUGGAAAAAUUGGGUUAUUCGGUGGUGCUGGAGUUGGCAAAACUGUACUCAUCAUGGAACUGAUCAAUAAUGUGGCUAAAGCUCAUGGUGGUUAUUCGGUAUUUGCCGGCGUGGGUGAAAGAACCCGCGAGGGUAAUGAUCUUUAUCAUGAAAUGAUCGAAUCAGGUGUCAUUUCUCUUAAGGACAAGACCUCUAAGGUAGCACUAGUGUACGGACAGAUGAACGAGCCGCCUGGCGCUCGCGCCCGCGUAGCUCUAACUGGACUCACUGUCGCCGAGUACUUCCGUGAUCAGGAAGGUCAGGAUGUGCUGUUAUUCAUUGACAACAUUUUCAGAUUCACUCAGGCUGGUUCCGAGGUGUCCGCUUUGUUGGGUCGUAUUCCAUCCGCCGUGGGUUACCAACCUACGUUAGCCACCGACAUGGGUACCAUGCAGGAACGUAUCACCACGACGAAGAAGGGAUCCAUUACUUCUGUUCAAGCUAUUUAUGUGCCUGCUGAUGACUUGACAGAUCCUGCUCCUGCUACCACCUUCGCUCACUUGGACGCUACAACCGUGUUGUCACGCGCCAUUGCUGAGUUAGGUAUUUAUCCAGCUGUUGAUCCUCUCGACUCCACAUCCCGUAUCAUGGAUCCCAAUAUUAUUGGAACGGAACACUAUAAUAUUGCUCGUGGUGUACAGAAGAUCCUCCAGGAUUAUAAAUCGCUGCAGGAUAUUAUUGCAAUCUUGGGUAUGGACGAAUUGUCAGAGGAAGACAAACUGACGGUUGCACGCGCGCGUAAAAUCCAGAGGUUCUUGUCUCAGCCAUUCCAGGUCGCCGAAGUGUUUACCGGUCAUGCCGGCAAACUAGUACCAUUACAAGAAACCAUCAAAGGAUUCCAAAAGAUUUUGGCCGGAGAAUUGGAUCACUUACCAGAAGUAGCGUUCUACAUGGUCGGCCCGAUUGAGGAAGUUGUAGCGAAAGCAGAAUCAUUAGCCAAACAAUAAAUUAACUUACAGUCAUCGUAAAAGCGUUUAAAUUUUAUUCUAUCAUCUCUUUUUUUUCUAUUCUAUCUAAUCUUUUUUUUUUUUUAUCAUGACAACCUUCCAGUGAAAUUUGCAUUCUCUUAUAAUUUUUUAUCAUAUCAAUUUCUUUGAAGAGAUCUAAAUAAACAAGUACUAAAAGUGUAUUUGAGUAAAAAAGUAUAAAAGAUAAGUGAAAGAGCAUGAAGAUAUUACUGGAUUCUUUAUCGCAACAUAUAUGAAUUAUUACUGUAAUUAUUACUUGAAAGGUUGCUUUAUGCUUUACCUUCUUUUCGUUACAAAAGCAUUCAUUAGAAACUAUACUUGAAUUGUUCAGUCAGAAUAUAACAUCAACAUAUGAUAUUUCUAGACUUUCUCCACAGAUCUAAUUAAUAUAAUCGUGUUAUUACUAAUUAACUGUAGGAAUCACGAUGUAUAUAUUAGACAUUAAUAAAAGUUUUACAAAAACGCAAUAAUA